AUGGCGGACACAUUACCGCUGCCAAUCCCUCCUCGAACUCCCACGCCGCCCUCAGACGACCAUUCUUCGGGUCCAGAGGGCUAUACGGUAAUACCGUCAAUGGAGAACCUUUAUGACCGGAAUACUCUGUCUCCAAUGGUGAGCACUUUCGGAGCAUCGGAGACCUUAGAUCCGUCACGGAACUCGGCUAUGGGUUCUGCGGAAGACAUGACGCAAGGGCCUUUCAAUUUUAAGCCAACCGCUCUCGCGAAGAGCCCCGUUGCAAAAUCGAACGUGGGCCAAAGACGGGGACACAAGUAUAAACAUAGCAGCGUAUCUCACCAGAUAUUCCUUGAACCCCCGCCUAGGUCGCCAAUGCCCUUACCGAACUCGCUGCCGAUCCCGACCUGGGGGGAAUGCCUGGGGAGCAUGUCAAAGGACCAGAGAAUCCGGUUCUGGUGGAGCGUAUGCCACAUGGGGGUGGCUGGAUAUACGUUGUGGACUUCCCAUGGCUCUAUGGCCAUGACAGGGCUGUCCCAUCUCAUACUCUUCGACUCGCUAGGCGCCAUGCUCUGCGUUGUCGUUGACGUACUCGGAAAUUUCGAGGUGUGGAAGCGAUCUAGCAUUCGUCACCCUUUUGGCUUGGAGCGUGCAGAAGUCGUUGCGGGUUUUGCUCUAUCCGUGCUACUAUUCUUCAUGGGAGGAGACCUUAUCUCACAUACGGUCCAGCAUCUGCUGGAAAACUCAGGCCACGAGGCCCAUCAUUCCCACUCUCACGCGCGAGUGGCUCCAGGGAGCGUCGACAUCACGGCUUUGCUGGCGAUAAUGGCGACAUUGAUAUCCGCCAUCGCUUUAAAAAACCAUGCAAGGAUUGGAAAGGCUAUCCGGUUUGCUUAUAUCGAAUCCCUACCUUCUAUCCUUAGUAACCCAGCUCAUUUCCUGACCCUUUCAUGUUCAACUUUUCUCCUCUUACUCCCCUUAUUGUCCGUGCAACAGUAUCUAUGGCUGGAUCGAAUCCUAUCCUUCACCGUUGCCAUUUCCAUGUGUGUUUUCGGAGUUCGUUUAGUUAAAACGCUUGGAUCCAUACUUCUGAUGUCCUAUUCUGGUCCAGGGACUUCUGAGGUUUUGGGAGACAUCUACAACCACCCAGCUGUUUCGGAAAUUGAAGAGGCAAAAUUCUGGCAGGCUCACUAUGGCUUGUGCAUAGCGUGCAUCAAGCUGCGAGUGACCGGCUCGGAAGAAAGCUUAACCAAGUUGCGAGAGAGGAUCGUCAGUACGAUAAAAAAUCGAUUAGGGGGCGGAUACGGGACAGGUGGUCAGAAAUGGGAAGUGUCUCUGCAGUUUACGGUUGAGCAGGGUUAA